GGGGCGGUGCCUAAAACAGCCUCUUCCUGAGCUGUGGAGCCGGACAAGCGCGUCCGUCGAUUGCGCCUGUGCCUUUUCUUUUUCCGUUUCCGUCCUCUUAGGUGGGCCGCCUAGGGGUUGCUAGGCAACAGCCCCUGGGGUACUUUGCGUUAAGUACCUGCGGUCUUAAGGCGCCGCCCGCUUCCUGGCGUUUUGGAGAAGGGUCGGGGUUGCCGACAGCCCAGAAGUGGAAAAGAGGGAGGUGACUUGGACAAGUAAAGACUGACAUUGAAGAUUAAUAUUUUUAUUUCAAGAUGAGCUUCCUGUUGCCCAAGCUGACUAGCAAAAAAGAAGUAGACCAGGCGAUCAAAAGUACUGCAGAGAAGGUGCUGGUUCUCAGGUUUGGGAGAGACGAGGAUCCUGUUUGUCUGCAGCUAGAUGAUAUUCUUUCUAAGACCUCUUCUGACUUGAGUAAAAUGGCUGCUAUAUAUCUGGUAGAUGUAGACCAAACUCCAGUUUAUACACACUAUUUUGACAUCAGCUACAUUCCGUCUACUGUGUUUUUCUUCAAUGGGCAGCAUAUGAAAGUGGAUUAUGGACAUUUAGCACAUGCGCUACUGUCAAAGUUGAAGAGAGAAGCACGUCUUGAGGCAAUACCUGAAACCAGCUGUGCUGUUUUUCUGGAGUCCUUCGGAAGCGUGCUCAGGGUCCCAGCAGAGCAGAGGUUUGACUUGUAUGGAAAACGCUGGCCCCCAAGUGGAAGAGCAGGCCAGCACUGUGAUGCCUGGGUGCCUACGUGUCUGCUCCCUGCAGACCUCAGAGCCGUCGGUCAGCCAUGCCCGGUUUCCCCAGUGUGAUUUUCUUAACUUCUCUUUAGAUGGUGCUUUUCUUUAUCCCUUAAGAUAAUACAGUAUCCUCUUAAACAUUUGUUAAA